AUGGGAAUUCCUCAAUAUUAUGACGGGGUCCCUGACGAGGCCCCUAAGCCAACAGCACUUUCCACAGCCGACGUGGUGGCACGCUUCGGUCGUCUUCAUCUGUUGGACGACUUGAUCCGCCUACGAGCAGCAGAUGCUGUUCAACAUCCUAUCCUUGCCUAUCCUAAACCCACAGAAGAUGACUCCGUUUCAUAUGAGUACUUUACGGGUCACGAUCUAGAUUGCAUGGUGGACCAUGCGGUGUACACCUUGAUGGACUAUGGCUUCAAGCCACCCCGGGAAGAUGGAGCAACGGUUGCUCUCUUCACGCUCUCCGACCUCAACAUGGUCGUCACUUUCUUUGCCCUCAGCAGACUCGGAUACACCGUCAUGAUGCUGUCGCCUCGUCUAUCAGCCACAGCUUGCGUGUCGUUAUUAGACACGGUCGGCUGCGACACCAUCUUGUACGGCCAAUCGCCGAAUAUUCGCGCCACAUUGGGUGACAUUCUGCGCCUCAAACUAAUUGCCUGUCGGCCAAUCAUCCAACGAGCCUCUGUAGAGGCAUCGCAAGAUGCAGACGUUUUUAUGAUUCGCCGGAAUCGUCGUCCCGAGCUCCUGGUGAACCGGACUGCCCUCAUCCUUCACUCUUCCGGCUCAACAGGUACCCCAAAGCCUCUUUAUCUCAGCCACAAAGCCUUGAUGACCCAUCCCAUGCGGGGUCCGGGGUUCACUUCCUUCAACUCACUACCCUGGUACCAUCUGCAUGGACUAUCCACAGCACUGCAAGCCAUGUACAUGCGACGAACAGCAUUCAUGUGGGAUGCCUCUUUGCCCUUGACGGCAAGUACGGCGGUGGCUGUCCUGGAGGCAGCCCGGCCGGAAUCCGUCCAAGGCGUGCCCUACCUUCUUCAACUCCUCAUCGACAACCCACGCGGGCUGAAGGCGUUGAGGGCUUGCAAAUUCGUCACCUACGGUGGUGCCCCAUGCCCGGACGAGUUGGGCGAUAAACUUGUGGAGGAAGGUGUAAGAUUUGGAGGGUCUUUUGGACUAACGGAAGCUGGUCUGGUUGCAGAGUCGAUCUCGCGACCAGCAGGAGAUCCUUUUUGGAACUACAUGCGUUUUUUUGACAACAUCAAGCCAUUCAUCUGGAUGAAGCCCAUCAGCGACGCACUAUAUGAAGUGGUUUACCUCCAGGGCCAUCCAGCAUUGACGGCAUCCAACUCCAACGACCCUCCUGGCUCGUUCCACUCUCGCGACGUCUUUACUCCUCAUCCCACUAUUGCCGACCGGUGGAAAUACGUGUCCCGCUUGGAUGACCGGGUCACCCUGGUCAAUGGUGAAAAGGUGCUUCCCCUCCCAAUUGAGGGCUGUAUCAAGCAGAACCCUCUCAUCCAGGAAGCGGUUGUCGUUGGGGUCGAAAAGGCCGUUCCCGGGCUGUUGGUCUUCCGGACAGAAAACUCCCAGAUGUUCUCCGACGAGGAGUUUCUGGACCUCAUUUGGCCGACCGUGGAGGAUGCCAACUCACGGGCCGAACAAUUCUCCCAGAUCGCCCGCGAUAUGAUCGUGGUCUUGUCUGCCGACUCGGUCUGCCCGCGGACAGACAAAGGCUCCAUGAUCAGAGCCCAGGUGUAUACCAAAUAUGCCGAUGUCAUUGAAGACAUGUAUACGAAUGAACAGACUGUUGAUGGAACCCUCCAAUUGGAUCUCCCCGCAACAGAGAAGCAUUUAAUCAAGCUCUGCCACGAGGAACUGGGCUUCCCCAUCUCUAGCCCUAGCUCGGACUUUUUCGCCGAGGGACUGGACAGUCUGAAGGCCAUUCACCUGCGUCGUCUGAUACUAAAGGACUUUAAAGUGCAAGACCCUAAGAGCAUCAGUCACAACAUUGUCUUUGAGACUGGAAACAUUACCCGUUUGGCUGGGCAUAUCCUCGCAAUCCAAUCCGGCCACGAGGAGGAGACCGAGGAUGAAGUCUCCAUGAUGCCAGGGCUGAUCGAAAAGUACUCUGUUUUCCAGAGCCACACUCCCAGCCCCAGCUUGGUGACCUCCAACAAGAGCGUCGUUCUCACCGGAGCCACCGGAUCCAUCGGUGCCCACACCCUCUACAAACUCCUUAACGACGACACAGUCUCAGUCGUCUACUGCCUGACCCGGAGAUCCCAGCCUGAAGAGGCUAUCACCAACACCCUUACCCAAAAAAGCCUCUCCGUCCUUCCCCACCGUCUACAGAAGAUCGUCGCCCUCACCAGCUCUCUCGAAAAGCCCGACCUCGGCCUCGGUCCCAGCAUGCUCGCCCAGAUGAGACAAUCCGUAUCCCUGAUCAUCCACAGCGCAUGGCCCGUCAACUUCAACCUGCCCCUCACAAGCUUCGAACCCCACAUCAAGGGCCUCCACAACCUCAUCAACUUCUCCCUCUCCGUGAACCUCCCCGACCCAGCCGUCCUCCUCUUCUGCUCCUCCAUCUCCACCGCCCUGGAUUCCUCCUCCCCGGUCGACGAAACCCCCAUCACCGACCUCACCAGCGCCCUCGAAAUGGGCUACGGACGCUCCAAACUCAUCGGCGAGAAACUCAUCAGCAAUGCCCGCAAAUCCGGUGCCCGGACCUACUCCCUCCGCAUCGGCCAAGUCUCCGGCCACUCCAAAAAGGGUCUGUGGAACGAUUCGGAAGCCAUCCCGCUGAUGAUCCGAUCCGCAUUGACCCUCCACGCCCUCCCCGCCCUCGACAUGACCUGCUCGUGGCUCCCCGUCGACAAACUCGCCUGUUCGAUCCUCGAACUUGCCAAAGCCUGCUCCAUCAACUCGCUCGACUCUCACUGGGAUGACACCACCCCUACCGACGAUGACUCCAUCUACAACCUGUGCAACUCGCGCGUCUUCACCUGGUCCUCUCUCCUCUCGACUCUCAAACAAAGCGGCUUCGCUUUCAAAACUGUCCCUUUUCACACCUGGCUUCAACUUCUCCGUGAAAGUGAAGCCAGAGGCGAAGAGGAGAUCAACCCCGCCGUGAAGCUGACAUCACAUUACGAAGCCAUGUACAGCGGGGAUGCCCCGGAGCAAGUCAAAUUCCUCACCGAAAAGGCCGAACGGGAUAGUAUGACGUUACGAAAUGGGAGAUUGAGAAUCAUCCAGGAUGGGAUUCUGGCGAGAUAUGCACAGGAUUGGUUGAGGCGGUGGAAGAGUGCUUAGUUGCCUGGAGGGCUGAAAGCUAAGCUAUGGCUGGCUACGAGAUGACGAUAUCUUCUUCUUCUUCUUCUUGUUGAUACAUAAGAUUGAUAAAAGACUUGUAUAUAGUUGGAUAUGAG